GAAGAGAAAGCAAUGCAGCCUUCCAAACCAUUGUUGCUGCUGUUUGUGCUCAUCAGAUCGACUGUUGCUGCUGCUGCUGCUGCUCAUUCUCUGGACGUCCGAUCCGUGCUCGAGGCCAGCGAUGGAAGCACAAGCAUCGGCUUCAGUGUCGUUCACAGGGAUGCACCCAGAUCCAAGCUGAGAGACGAGAAGCUUGCACUAGAGCUUGAUUCCGAGUCUUCUCCCACGCACCGUGAUGCUGCCUUCAAAGAUGUCAUCCAGUACGUUCAAGCGCGGCAGGCUCGAGUAGCAAAACAUCGUCGAAGUAAGCACCACCACCACCACCACCGCCACCACCACCACCAUCACCACCAUCGUAACCAUGGAAAAAACACUGUGACCGGGUUCACGAGCCCCGUUGUGACGCUGGGACAAGCCGGGCUCGAGUACUACGUGCCACUCCAAGUCGGAACACCAGCAGUGGAAGUUGUUCUCAUCAUGGACACGGGCAGCGACGUCUCCUGGAUCCAGUGCGUGCCUUGCAAAGACUGCGUGCCCGCUCUCCGGCCACCUUUCAAUCCCCGCCACUCUUCCUCCUUCUUCAAGCUUCCCUGCGCCUCCUCCACUUGCACCAACGUCUACCAGGGUGUCAAGCCAUUCUGCAGCCCGUCUGGAAGGACUUGCCUCUUCUCUAUCCAGUACGGUGAUGGAAGCUUGAGCUCGGGCCUGCUGGCCAUGGAAACCAUCGCAGGCAACACCCCAAACUUUGGAGAUGGCGAACCUGUGAAGCUCAGCAACAUCACCCUCGGUUGCGCGGAUAUCGAUCGAGAAGGCUUACCGACGGGAGCGUCCGGGCUGCUGGGAAUGGACCGGAGGCCGAUCUCCUUCCCGUCGCAGCUAAGCUCGCGGUACGCUCGAAAGUUUUCUCACUGCUUCCCGGACAAGAUCGCCCACCUCAACUCUUCCGGCCUCGUCUUCUUCGGGGAGUCGGAUAUCAUCUCCCCGUAUCUCCGAUACACGCCGCUCGUCCAGAACCCGGCGGUUCCAAGCGCAUCCUUGGACUACUACUACGUUGGCCUGGUCGGGAUCAGCGUGGACGAGAGCCGGUUGCCACUGUCACACAAAAACUUCGACAUCGACAAGGUGACUGGCAGCGGCGGAACGAUCAUCGACUCGGGGACUGCGUUUACGUACCUUAAGAAGCCUGCCUUCCAAGCGAUGAGGAGAGAGUUCUUGGCGAGAACGUCUCACCUGGCCAAAGUGGACGAUAACUCCGGCUUCACUCCAUGCUACAACAUCACCAGCGGCACCGCCGCGCUGGAAUCCACGAUCCUUCCCUCGAUCACGCUGCAUUUCCGCGGCGGCCUGGACGUGGUGCUCCCCAAGAACAGCAUUCUCAUACCCGUGAGCAGCAGUGAGGAGCAGACGACACUGUGCCUGGCGUUCCUGAUGAGUGGCGACAUUCCCUUCAACAUCAUCGGGAACUACCAGCAGCAAAACCUGUGGGUGGAGUACGAUCUGGAGAAGCUGCGCCUGGGGAUCGCCCCAGCGCAAUGCGCCACAGACUAACUAGAUUCUCUACCUAAAUGAAAGAGACGGUGA